GAUGUCGUUUGUUUGGUUGGUGAGUAAAGUUGAGUUUAACGGGCUUACCGGACAAACUGCCGGCUCGUACCGAACAGAUGAAGCGGAAAACCAGUGGAGAGGCAGGUUUAGUUUCCGUUAAGGUUCCAGUAGCUGUAGUUCGUUUUGUAGUUGCACAGCAGCAGCUCAAGUUUCUGUAAGAAAGCACACAGAAGUUCGCUUUAGUAGACGCCAUUCUCUCUUCUUGCAGUUCCGGUACGGUAAAUCAGCUCCAGAAUGUGAAAUAAUCAGCUCGGGUCGCUAGUGAAGCCGAACUCCUGAGUGGUUCUUCUGAAACGGGUUCGGUUUUGCUUCGAGUUAGUCUCAGCUGACACCAAACAAAGUUAGAAUUCGAGGUUUUCUCAAUGCAAUCCGUCUGAUUCCUGCUGCUUCUGAUGGAGGUUCUGGAGUUCGUGGUUCCUGUGGAGAACAACAAGACGCUGUUUGUGUGGAACAUCGAACCGAGUCUCACUGAGGCCCAGAUCCAUGCCCAGCUGCUGUCGGUGUUCUCGGCCUUUGGUCCUCUGUACCUGGUGAAGGUGAAUCCCAACGCUCCGCUCCACCCUCCAGGGUUCUACGCUCUCAUCAAGUUCUACUCUGCAGUUCAGGCUGCUGAGGCUCAACGGCUCACUGACGGAAAAACGCUGUUCCAGAGUUCUCAGCUGAAGGUGAGGCUCAGCUCCAAACAAACUCCUGCCUUCAUGUCUGGCAUCAGCAGACCUCUAAGCCAUGCCCACUGCCUGGAACUGGCCAAUCACUGCCUGGGAUUCAACGGCUGGACCUCUGAGAUCAUCACGUUGAAGGAGCUCACAGAUGAAGAAGAAGAAGGUGAAGGUGAAGGGGGCAGAGUCAGGAGCCUGAGGAUGGGCUGUCUGCUACAACUCUGCUUCCCCCGACACCUGAGGAGCAGCAGGGGAGCUGCAGUGCUGGAAGACACCUUCACCUGCACAGGUGCAGAUGUUGUCCUGCAGAGGCGCUGUAGGCUGCACAGGUUGGUCAGAGAGAAAGCUCUGGUUCAGGCCUUCACCCCAGUGCUGCUCAUCCUCCUCGGUAACAGGGAGGUGAUGGUGGAGGUGAAGCAGACCUCGGAUCAGCUCUUACCUGAUGACACUGAAGGAAUCCUGCAGGUGAAUGAGUUCUCCAGUGUGGAGGUUCCUGCAGAUGAAGAUGUUCCUGACGAUGACCAGUUGGAUUUUACAGAAUCAUAGAAUCAACGUGAAGAACGCUUAUCUGCCGGCAUUAUCUCCAUUCAACACCCUCUGCCUCCCAGCGGGAGUCAGGUUCAGGUUCCCUCCAACCACCACGAAGCCCUGCACACAGCAAAUACCAGUUUAUGACCCAUUGCAGUUACUGGGACGGACUCCUGGUACCAGUACAGGCCCAGUAUGCUGAGGAGCUUCAAUCUGCAUUAAGGACUAAAGAACUAUUUCUUCAUACACCAAAGGGACAGUUCUACACUGUGAUGGAGCUGUGGUAAUGGAGCACUCAAAGUGGCCCAAAAUAGCAAAAUAUUCUCAUUAAUGACUUGAUUACACUCAAAAUUACUCAAAACGUGAUAACAAGCAUGUCAGUGACCACAACUACACAGGGCUACUGGGGGGCGCUAGAUGAUGGGAUGUGGAGACUCACGUCCUGAUACUGGAGCAAGGGAUCAGUGAAGAUCAGUCCAUGAGGUAGAGGAAGCUCAACUCCGUCACUGAACCAACAUAACAAAAGAAACCAGUUAAAGAUGUUUGAUCAGACUGUUAGAAGGAAGCUCAUCAUGCUGCUGGUUACCUUCCAGGAAGUCGGACGCUCUGUUGUUCAGCAGCUCUUCCAGAGGUGCCACCUGCACAGCAACAACAAACACUGUUACAGCUGCUUCCAAACCACCAGAUAUUACAGUUUAAUUUGUCAGAAAACAAGUUUGUACCAAAGGUCUUUUAAGCUGAUUACUGGUGACAAUGCGGCACCUGGGAAAGACAAACAGAUUGUUAAAUACAAUAAAAUAUGAUUUCAUAACUUA